UACACUGCAGGGGGAGAAUCUGCCAAGAACGCUAAGAGAGAAGCAGAAGUUGCUCUUGAAGGGCGAAUAGCAGCGCAGCAGUCCGUCGCCUAGAGACAGAGUGGAAGAAAAUAAGCGGCGCUUUGUGAGAGUUACUUGUUGCACUGGAGCAGCAUGUCUGUGUCUGUCAUAGUAAAAUGGGGUGGACAGGAGUACUCGAUAACAACGUUGUCUGAAGAGGAUACAGUACUCGACCUUAAGCAAUCAAUAAAGUCUUUGACCGGAGUGCUUCCGGAAAGACAGAAGCUCUUGGGUUUGAAAGUAAAAGGAAAAAUGGCAGAGAAUGAAACUAAACUUGGUCUGUUGAAACUGAAGCCCAACACAAAAAUUAUGAUGAUGGGAAGCAGAGAGGAGAGCCUGGAAGAUGUAUUGGGUCCACCUCCAGACAAUGAUGAGGUUAUCAAUGACUUUGACAUUGAAGAGGAGGUCAUAGAAGUGGAGAACAGAGAGGAAAACCUGGCCAAAAUAGCACGAAGAGUAAAAGAAUAUAAAAUAGAAAUUCUGAACCCACCUCGGCAGGGCAAAAGGCUACUUGUAUUGGAUGUGGACUAUACACUGUUUGAUCACAAAUCAUGUGCAGAGACUGGGACAGAGUUAAUGAGACCUUAUCUUCAUGAAUUCCUCACUUCUGCUUAUGAAGAUUAUGACAUCGUUAUCUGGUCUGCCACAAGUAUGAAAUGGAUUGAAGCAAAGAUGAAAGAGCUAGGAGUGACCAAUAACUCAAACUACAAGAUAACAUUUAUGCUAGACAGUGCUGCGAUGAUCACAGUACAUACCCCACGGCGUGGAGUUGUAGAGGUCAAGCCCUUGGGUGUGAUAUGGGGAAAAUACUCCGACUUCUACAGUAAAAGCAACACCGUCAUGUUUGAUGACAUUGGACGGAACUUCCUAAUGAAUCCACAGAAUGGAUUAAAAAUUCGACCAUUCAUGAAGGCUCAUUUAAAUCGCGACAAAGACCAAGAGCUUCUGAAACUGUCCCAGUAUCUGAAAGAAAUUGCCAAGUUGGACGACUUCUCAAAUCUUAACCACAAGCACUGGGAAAGGUACCUAUCCAAGAAGCAGGGCCAGUAGGUCUUCUAGCUGUCAGACUUUGGGACCCCUUCUCAGGAAUAUCACUAGAAACUGAAGUCGGCACCAAACCUGCUUCUGACUGGUGAAAAACACAGCUUGUCUUCCUCUGAAUUUCAUAUGCUUUUAGAUGGGAGCUAAACGUUUCAUUGAUCUGAAGGAUGGCGGCCUGGCUGCAGGACCUUGCUUGCUUGGCAGCUCAACCGCACACAGCUUGGCUACGUGAUCAUUACUGGCAAUAGUUAAAACGCAUCUUAAUAAAACUUCCACAGAAGCAUUCAAACUUGGAAGGCGGAUUGAGAAGCGGUCUGAGCACUGAUGGGUCCAGAGCUCAUUCUGCUGCACUUUUUUUUUUCUCAAUUUUGUAGGCAAUGUUUACGUAACACGUUUUGUUCUUUAUGUAUUUAUUUUUUAUAAUUAAGGAUUUUUUUUUAAUAGACUACAAAUAUGAGUUGGCUCUACUGCUAAAUAUUUUGGAAGGCAGAACAUGACUGACUUAUUUGUGUUUUGUUUUUUUUGUAAAUAAAUGUGUGAGACCCCAUGUGGCAGGCCUUAUUGUGGUGGGCAGUGUUGGUCAAACUCACAAAAGCUGCUUGUGCAGUAGCUUUUUAAGGCUCUGGUGGAAGAUAAAUUCUCUUACCUGAUUUCCAUUAAAGUGACAUUUUCAGGAA